AUGGCUGCUUCUGUGAGCAAUGUCCGGUGCCCGCAGAGUGAUGGAAUUGAUGGAAUCAACAAGCUGUACUCAGAGCUUGCUGCGUUGAUGAUGAAGGACUCGAUUUCGCGGUCAGGCGGCAAUGACUUGGGCGACAGGCAGCGCCGCCUUGAACAAGAGUUGGAGAUCUUAGGCCAGGUGUGCAAAGGUACCGGAGUCGAGCAAGGCUCCAAGGAAUCAGCUGAAGUUCUUGCUGAGAUUUGGGAUCACGUCGAGGAUGAGCUGGUCUCGCUCUCAUCACAGGUCGAGGCCUUGCCACGCAUGUCCGGAAUCCAACCUGGAGAGGUUGCCCAGCUCGUUGACGACACAGCCGAUCUGGAAGAGUUUCAGAGUCUUGUUCAAACGCAGGCUUGGAAACUCUCUCCCAUCGUUCCUCCAGUGUGUGCAAGAUCUUCCACACUUGCCAGUGAGGAAGGGUCGGAAGGGAGCGCAGCACGCAUCCCAUUGGGGGCCGUGGGGCCCGUGAGAGAUUCACAGACGGCAAAAACUGCAGUGGCACGCAGCCACACCGCCUUGGGGCAAGCUGGAGAAAUCCAUUCGCGCUCUGAACCCCUCGGGUCUGAUGGUCGAGAGGCUCCCGAACGAGCAGAUGCCCCAAGUAGCUUCCGAAGUGCUGCAGACCUAUUUCCAGAGGUAGCCAGCAAGAAACAACCACAGCCCAGUACACAGAAAGUUCCACUGGAACUGGAAGAAGUCAGCCAGUCAAUUCUAAAGCGAGAUGCAAGAUGUCGGGCUCCGAAGCGCUUGCAUCAAGAUGCCUGUGACAAGAAACAUGAAUGGAGUGAUGCCUGGCUACGAAUUGCAGAUGCGGAUCAGCUUGAACGGCUUGUGCCCGCGCUGGAGGCGACGAUUCAUCGCACUGAUGCCGCAGAUGCCAUCAAGAAGGACGAUAUCGCUGGUUUAAGCUUCGUUAAAAUGCAGAUCGAAGAAGUUUUGAUUCUGCCACGCUUGCAUCCUGAGCUUUUCCAAUCCGCAUUAACAAAGCCAGCCCGUGGCCUUCUGCUCUUUGGCCCACCUGGUACAGGAAAGACCUUGCUUGCUAAGUGGAUAGCUGCAGAGUGCGGGGCGACAUUCUUCAAUGUCAACGCUUCCACCGUGAUGUCCAAAUGGAUUGGAGAGGCAGAAAAAACCGUGAAAGCAUUGUUUCAGCUCGCUGCGGACAGGCAACCCUCCGUCAUAUUCUUGGAUGAGAUCGAUUCCUUGCUAAGCCAGCGUCGAGAUGCAGACAACGAGGCCUCACGCAGAGUCAAAAACGAGUUCCUCACGUCCUUGGAAGGAGCCGAUACAGCAGCUGACGAGAAGAUUCUGCUGGUUGGAGCUACCAACAUGCCGUGGGACCUGGAUCAUGCUGUGCUCCGCAGGCUGCCAAAGCGUCUAUAUGUUCCGCUGCCUGGCAAGCAUGCCCGCCAAUCCCUUUUGGCGGCUCAGUUGAAGAAGCACAACUCGAAAGUCGGGCUUCGGGGAGACAUAAGCGAGUCGGACAUCCAGUACAUUGUGGAGCGCACCGAAGGCUUCUCGUGCUCGGACUUGCAGCAACUGCUGUGUGAGGCAGCCAUGGGUCCAGUACGGGAGGUGGCUUCCAUGGCUUCUGCGCGUGCAGGCUCUCAGGUGACACGGGAAUUGCGAGAUAUAGCAAAGCGUGAUUUCGAUUGUGCCUUGCGGAGGGUGAAGCCGACCCACAAUGCCGAGCAGGGUCUGAGACACAAAGCGUUCAACGAAGAGCAUGGCACUUGUCGCGGGGAGGAUGCCAUGCAGGACGUCGAAGGACUCGUCAGAGUGCCAUUCUCGCUGCUCGAUGAGGUGUUGAUGUUAAGCAGUGUUGGCAACGAACGGAAGCACAUGGGCGUCGUGCACCAAGACAUUUGCGCUGGCUCAGGACAAGGUGAUUGGCAAGACAGGAGGCGAUCAGGCGAUCAGAGCUGUCCAGAGAGCUCGAUCCCAGAUCUGUGGCUCACGGAGCGGCAGUCCGAGCACAGCUUCUGGCUCAAACAUGUGGAGGUCCAAAGCGUAACAGAGGGAGCCCAGUUGGGUGACUCCUCUUCUCGCUGCUGUUUCCCAGAGGGAAAGAUCAUCAACAGACAGAUCUGGGCUGAGAUGGCUGGUGAGUGGCAUGAUGUUCGGGGCGGCGGCCGCCUUGUUCGCGACGUGCAGGUGUAUCCGCGGCACAUCCGGGAGACGGAGACCCACCAGCAUCUGCACAGGACUGCAGCAGUGAAGCACCACCUGCGCAAGAUGGCCGAUAGACCCGAGAUGUUGAGCACCUACGAGCACGACUUCGGAUUUAUGACGCGGCCCAAGCCUCGUGAUUUCUCGGAGCUGCCAGCGCGGCAAACAAGGAACCACUCAGAGCCUCCGUCCCGUGCUAGUUCGGCCCGCUCUCAAGCAGGUUGGACGGGUGAGUACGGGAUUGACUCGAACUCUCAGCCGCAGUUUGCCAAGACCGAGUCAAAGCUGCAGGGCUUCCAGCAGAGCGCGGCUCCAUUGCGACUAUCCGUUGCUGGUUGGGGAGAUUGCCGCUGGAGCCCGAAGACCCAUCCGAACAUGGUCAUGGGCAUGACGCAAAAGCGGAUCACUCUCCAGCAGACAACGAAUAUCAUGAAUCUCAGGGCCCCUGAUUUGCCAUUUGUGAGUCGCUGA